AUGCGUUUCCCUACCAUUCUGUAUGCAGCUGCUGCCGCCUUACACGUAAUCGAACCGUCUGCGACAGUCGAUCGGCACGAUGGGUUCGGUUUCGCCAAUGUCGAAAACCUGGUCCCUGUUCGUGAGGAUACGUUGUUUCGAAUCGCCAGUAUCAGCAAGAGUUUCACAUCAGUUUUGGUUGGUCGUUUAAUGGAACAGUCGAAACUGGAUUUAGAUGAGGAUAUACGGACGUAUUUGCCACAGUUUCCUGAAAAGCAGGUUGAUGGAACCUAUGCUAAAAUUACCGCCCGUUCGUUGCUCAGCCACACAAGUGGAAUUCGAAGUUAUAAAAAGUCAGCCGAAGAAAGGGGGCAGUCGUCCUACCCAGAAAUGUUACUUCAAACGCGUUAUGACAAUGCGCUCGAUGCUUGCAGCCUUUUCAAAGAUGACCCGCUUGUGCACGCACCUGGGAAACAGUACACCUACAGCACUUUCGGUUUCACCCUCUUGUCGGCAGCGAUUGAGAACAUAUGUACUCGUUCAGGUCCCUCCUUCGCAUGUUCUUUGGGAACACAACCAUACUGCGUUAAAACGAAUUCGGACACUUCGAAAAUACCUUGCUUCGCUAAGAUGGAUCACCAAUUUUCAAAGUUGUUCACUUUUUUGGGACUCAAGAACACUUUUCUGGAAUAUCACGAGAAAAUCAUGCCAGUGCGAGCCAGCCAGUAUAAACGGAAUUCCAAAGGCGUGCUGGAAAACACCCCCAUGGUUGACAAUUCGUAUAAAUGGGCUGGCGGAGGAAUUCUCUCCACAGCAUAUGACCUCACUUUGUUUGCAAAUCACCUCGCCUAUGUCUACUUGGAUAGUAUGCCUAUGACGGGUGUGAUUAAGCCCGAAACUUUGCGUCUGCUAUGGACAGUAUCAGCCUCCAACCCAGAUGAAGAUUGGCAACCGGGCUUGGGUUGGUUUCUGCGCCGACGCUCUGGGGGAUCACUAUCUCAGGAGAUGACAUGUCCGGAUCGCCUCUACGUCUGUCAUACUGGGGGUGCUGUUGGUGGAACUACAAUACUUCUCCUUAGCCUUCCCUGUUGCAAGUUGUUGAGUGGUCAUGAGUAUGUCCGCGAAGAUGCUCUAUCCAAUCCGUCCGACUUUACUGCCCGGUCCGCCAAACUCGCUCCGAUCUGUGUUGCAGUUCUGACCAACUUAGAAGAUGCCUCGGGGAUCAAAGAAUUGGCUGUAUCCCUCGUUGAACUAGUUACCGACUGUAUACUUAGAGAGCGAUGAUCUCGUCUGACUCACUAGUGCAAUUUACCAUUUUAUGACCAAAUCAACUUCCUAUCUCGUCGUUUUGAUCAUCCAAUCAUUUAUUUCUGUUUAUUUUCUAUGAUUUUCACAAAUCUUUUAACAACCUCCGUGGGCCCUCCGAAUAUGAGAC